GACAAAGGCGAGCGGUUUGCAUGCGACCCUUUUGAUACAGGAAGGCGGGAAAGCGAGAAAAGGCUCCUUCCCUUCGACACCUGAUACGAGCCGCUUCCCUCGUGCCAGGAAAAGUUCACACUGACUCAGUCUUUCAGGCAAGGUCAACGGAGGUGUUAUUUACCGUCUCACUCUCUCCCGCAGCCUCCUCAUCUCUCCGCAACCGCUUCAGCCCCGGUCACCUCCUGGACGGGAGAGGGAGAAAUAGAGCAGAAGCAGGCUUGCUCCGCUACGUGCGCUCCCACCGGCAGCGCCCUUACUCCGCCUCCUGCCCGGGCGCGUCCCUGAAGCGUCCCACCGGCCCACGCGCGCUCUCGGCUUCGUUAGUUAGCUUUGACGGCGGCGCGCCCUUCCUAAGCAACCCCAGCCCGGCCUUGUUUACGGCAGCCGCAAAAGGGACGUAAAAGCGCCGCCUGGGCGAAGAGGCUGGUUGAGAUAGACCAGAACCUUAUGAUACUUUACAACAAUUGAAAUCUGUCAAAUACAACUUCAAGGCUAAUAAAUCCAUGAGUGGGAAUCGAUCUGCGAAGAAACGAUGUGGGGAAUUGCAGUUGGAAUCCCCUGUGCGCUAUGGUCAUGUUCCUUCUGCAGGAUGUACAUUAAGCAAGUUGAUUCAAUUGCCUACACCUCCUUUGUCAAAGCAUCAGCUAAAACGGUUAGAAGAACACAAGUAUCAAAGUGCUGGACGGUCCCUGCUUGAGCCACUAAUGCAAGGUUAUUGGGAAUGGCUAGUUAGAAGAGUACCAGCUUGGAUUGCCCCUAAUCUCAUUACAAUAGUUGGACUGAUAAUAAACAUCUGUACGACCAUAAUAUUAGUGUUUUACUGUCCGACAGCUACAGAGCAGGCACCUCCUUGGGCAUAUAUUGCAUGUGCUUGUGGCCUUUUCAUAUACCAGUCUUUGGAUGCAAUAGAUGGGAAGCAAGCAAGAAGAACCAAUAGUAGUAGUCCUUUGGGAGAACUUUUUGACCAUGGCUGUGAUUCACUGUCCACAGUGUUUGUGGUUUUGGGAACGUGCAUUACUGUACAGCUGGGGACGAAUCCUGACUGGAUGUUCUUUUGCUGUUUUGCUGGAACGUUUAUGUUUUACUGUGCACACUGGCAGACAUAUGUCUCUGGAACAUUGCGCUUUGGAAUAUUUGAUGUUACAGAGUCUGAACUCUGUAUUGUAAUAACUCACCUUCUCACAGGAACUCUGGGACCCGAGUUCUGGAAUGACACAAUUCCAGUGCUAAACAUCCAAGUGAAAAUACUUCCAGCUCUUUGUACUGUAGCAGGAACCAUAUUCUCCUGUACAAACUACUUUGGUGUGAUCUUCACAGGUGGUGUUGGCAAAAAUGGAUCAACUAUAGCAGGAACAAGUGUCCUUUCACCAUUUCUCCACAUUGGAUCGGUCAUUACAUUAGCUGCUAUGAUCUACAAGAAAUCUGCUGUGGAACUCUUUGAAAAGCAUCCUUGCCUCUACAUACUGACUUUUGGCUUUGUUUCUGCUAAAAUAACUAACAAACUGGUGGUUGCACACAUGACUAAAAGUGAGAUGCAUCUGCAUGACACAGCAUUCAUAGGCCCAGCACUGUUGUUUCUGGACCAAUAUUUUAAUAGCUUUAUUGAUGAGUAUAUUGUACUUUGGAUUGCCCUGAUCUUUUCUCUUUUUGAUUUGCUUCGAUACUGUGCCAGUGUGUGCAAUCAGAUCGCUUCCCACCUUCACAUCCAUGUCUUCAGGAUCAAGAGCUAUUCCACAUAUUCCAAUCAUCACUAGUUAACUUUGUCAUUGACACAAUAAGAAAUAACUGGCAACUGUUUUCUACAGGAGAGGAUGCAAACACACUGAGGAGACUAUGGAAACUGGAGCAGAUAGGAACAAAUCUAAUUUUUAAUAAUGUUGUGUAACUUCUGCUCUUUGUUACUGAUGACACUCCUUAGCUAGACUCCUCCAAUGAAUGGGGAAUCCCAAGCACCCUCCAAUCAAACAUGCGUAUUGUCCACUCUGCUGGUUGUGUGCCCAGGAAAGUAAAGUUUUGUCUUUGUAAUUACCUUGAUUACAGCAUAAACUCUUAGGGAAAUGGACUCCCAAUAACAGAGACUUCUAAUAUAGUGUAAUUACAAGCUGUAAGACAAAUUGCUUUCUAAUUCGAAUAAAUCAUCUAUUAGUAAAAUACUCACUUAGUGCCCACUCAAAAAUAAUUACUAAAAAGAGUUGAGCUUGUGAAACACAGAUAUCUCACUGGCUUUUGUGGCUGGAAUGUUUUGGACAUUUGAGUCUAGACUGUGAUCUCAUUAAUUCACCUGUUGAUGAUACCUGAGGUAGAUUUUUAAGAAUCCAAAAUGACACUUAGGCACGUUACUCCUAUCGUCACUGGAAGCUUGGUAUCUAAAGUGCCAUCUUUGGAACGAAUCCACAGUGGCUGGGCAGUCUCUUCAUUUCAGCUGGGUGGUGUGCGUGUCUGAAUUCACAUUACUCAGCUGCUGUGCUUGGCGAAUUGCACCUUUUGUCUUCAAAAUUCUACCCCUGGUACCGUGAUGUGGGGGUGAGCGUCAGCAUGUGGUAUAGUGUGGUUAUCUCAAUUUAUUUUAUUUUUUAAAAAAUUAACAUUUAAAGAAUUUAUUUCUCAGUUUUCUUCAGUGGAAAGUCUAUACAAAAUUUAGUUACUUUUUUGUAUAAAAUUUAUGCAAAAAAUUAUUUCUGCUCUUUAAUAAAUAAGACAAUUCUCAUAACUA